CUCAAAAAAGUUUAGUAAAGUUUCCCUCCGUGAUGCGAGGGCGUGUUUGAAGCGGACUGGCCGUGUGGCAGAUGUGGACUGGCCGUUAGAGGUGGAUGGAGUCGGGGUUCGGUGUCCAGCGGAGGGCCGGCGGUGGCUCGCCCGCUGUGGGAGCGUCGCAGCGCCGCAGGAAGAUGCCGCCCAGAGCCGCUGAUUAUAAACUGCAGGUGAUCAUCAUCGGCUCCCGUGGAGUGGGAAAGACCAGCCUGAUGGAGAGAUUCACGGAUGACACCUUCUGCGAGGCGUGCAAGUCCACUGUGGGUGUGGAUUUUAAAAUCAAAACAGUGGAGUUGAGAGGAAAGAAGAUCAGGUUACAGAUCUGGGACACAGCAGGUCAGGAGAGGUUUAACAGCAUCACUUCAGCAUAUUACCGCGGCGCGAAAGGCAUCGUGCUGGUCUACGACAUCACCAAGCAGGAAACUUUUGACGACCUGCCUAAAUGGAUGAAGAUGAUAGACAAGUACGCGUCAGAGGAUGCUGAGCUCCUAUUGGUUGGGAACAAACUGGACUGUGAGUCUGAUCGCGCCAUCUCACGACAGCAAGCAGAGAGGUUUGCUUCACGGAUAUCAGGGAUGCGUUUCUGUGAGGCCAGUGCCAAGGAUAACUUUAAUGUGGAUGAGAUAUUCCUUAAACUAGUUGAUGACAUUUUGAGUAAGAUGCCUCUUGAAGUCCCCAGUAAGGAGCUGUCCAACAGCGUCCUGUCCCUUCAGCCCGAACCCGAAAUCCCACCAGAGCUGCCUCCGCCGCGCAUGCGCUGCUGUUGAGACUCGCUUCACGCUUUAUUUAGAAACCCAACACCACCUUCCCUCUGAUAACCCAACACAUGCUGUUAAAAAAUCCCACCACCAUCUCAUGAGAGACCAGCCCAUACGGAUGAUGAGAUGAUGCCCCGUCAUUACCAGAGAAGAUGAAAGACAAACACUCUUUACCGCAUAAUCAAUCAUCCCUCACAAACCAUGACUCUGCAAUUUAACAUUCUCUGUAUUUUGGUACCUCUAGAUGCCAGUAGAGAACAUCCGUAUCAUCACUCACACACACACAUUGAUGCAUUUAUUUUUGACGGCCCAUACAUACACUACCUCAUUUCUGGAAAGCACAGGAUUGCGUUUGUCCGACAUGUGCCUUCCUGAUUGGAAAUCCGCUGCACACGCAUCACAAACAUCCAUGAAAUGAGUACAAAUGUUUGUCAUAACCCAUCGGCUUCUAUUUAUAUGUAGUUUACAUCCUCAUAUAUUCUCAGUAGAAACAAGAAACUACUCUUUCUAUUGGACGGCCGAUACUCUACCCUUGUCUUUCACAUCAUGCUUCAAAAAUGCAUCGGCUGAUUUCUUAUGGAAAACUUUCGCAGUCCCAAAUUGGUUUGGCAUUAAAAGCGAACUGGAUGUACAUUUCAUGCCAAGCGUAAUUCAUUUCUGUCACCUGCAUGUUUACGAGGUGGUUCGUUUGGCUUAUUAAUCGCCAGCGUGGUUGGGUUGUCCUUAUGCCUUACGUUCUAUCAGUGUUACUGUUUUUGAGGUGGAUUUUGUGUUAUCCGUUGUGUUUUGCACUACAAUCCAUUCGGAACUAGUUUACGAACAGCUGAAAUGCUGAAUGUUAGUGAAGGACCUGUGUACAGAAGAUUAAUCUGAUCAUUUAGCAGCAGAGUUUUGUCAUUUAACUUGAGUAGAAUAAAGGAAGGUCAAUGAUUGAGUUCCUUGUUUUAUUCUCUAGAUCUGGAUUGCAGAACUGAAAGGCUCUCACAGAAAGGGCUACUUUUCCAUGGAGAGCAGAUUGGGAGUAAAACGGGACAUUGGUUUUGAACACUUGUUCCUAAAAACACUCUUCAGUAAACAUCACUAUGCUUGAUGACUCUGGAUUUCAGUUGCAUUGAAUCAUUUGCCUACAUUAGCUGAUGGACUGUAGUAAUGAUAUAGAUGUGUUAUAUAACAAAAUAUAACAGGUGUUUGAUGGGAACGGCUAUUUCAGCUGAACCAGAUAUGCAGUUUAUGGAAAUAUGAUGCAUUUUUCAUAGAAACUGUCCUUGAAUAUAGAGGACUGACAGCGUUACUGUGCGUCUGGAACGUCAUCUACAACAAAAUUCUCAUUGGGUGAAUUUAAUGAAAACAUGUCAAGGUCAUAUUUGACCCCCAAAAUUAAAAAAUAAAUAAAUGUGUUAAAUAUGACCUAUAAAUGUUUGGGCAUGUUUAAUGCGAUUCACCAUGUCAGAUAAUAGAAAGAUGAUUUAUGUGUGUAGUGGCGGCGUGUUUAUGCUGUUUGUAAUGCAGUAAUAUUCUUGUCAGAAACCAGUAUAGUAUUAAAUAACCAAACUUGA